UCCGCGUCCCACCUUCCCCGGUUCGCCGACGUCUUCGCUCCAGUUCCCAUAACCAUUACUCUCCGUAUACCUUUCAUUCUCUAGGAGCUGGCUCUUCUGCCUAUUGAACAACCCGUAUUCAUUUUGAUUUCACAUUGGCUGGCCCGCAAUGGCCCGAGGAAAGAGCUCCGGCGAUGCUCCUACUACCCCAAAUCCACCGUCUCUCAGGAAAUCUAGCUCUGCAUCGCAGCCCGCGAAGAACCAGCGAUCUAUUUUAGGAUUCUUCCAGAAAAAGAGCGACACCAGUCCUGCGGUGAAAGCGAGUGCUGUCGAAUCAGGGCUUCCCUCUUCUCCACUACAGCCUGCUUCCUCUCGGCGUUCUAAUGGGCAUUUUACAAAAAUCCCGGUGCCUAGUUCCGAUUCUAGCCAGAGUCUCACGCCAGCCCCUAGCAGCGAUGCACUUGAGAUGUCCAGCCCUCCGAGGCUGAGCACUCUUGAUGAGAAGCAGGAAGAUGAGGAAACUGGUCUGCCAUCACCGACGACACCAUCAGAAGCGAAAACCAAUGGGAAACCCGUGCAGAAUGGAGUUAAAGUUGGCGCUUCACUCGGCAGCCCUGGACGAAAGUCUCGGAAAUCAAUUAACUAUGCCGAAUCCGAUGACGAGUAUAGCGAUGAAGACGAGGUGUUCAAGCCCACGCGGGCAAACGCGACACGAUCUAGAAGCUCGAAAAGGAGAAAGCUGAGCUUGGAUGACUCCGAUGACGAGUUUGUACAGGACGCUGCCGUGGAUGAGGCCGACAUGGACGAUAUCGAGAAUUUCAUUGUGCCAGACGAUUCGGACGAGGAAAUUACGGGUCCCAAAAAGCGGAAAAGAGCAUCCACUGCCAAGGCCAGCAGGGUAUCACCUGCGCUGGCGGUUGAAGCUGAAGAUGAUGACGAAACUUUUGAUCAACCAUCCGCGUCAUCAGCACAACAAUGGACAUAUGAUCCUGAAAACCUUAAACCAUUAAACCCGCGCCCGGUAAAUACGGCAGGCACAAGGCCGAACGCGAUUGCAAACAAGAAACAUAAAGAGAAGGCGCAUACGACCGAGCCGGAGCAGCGUUAUCCGUGGUUGGCAAAUAUCACAGAUGCAGACAGAAACCCUCCAUCCCAUCCAGACUAUGAUCCUCGAACUAUCUAUAUUCCUCCUCUGGCCUGGGCGAAAUUUUCGCCUUUUGAGAAGCAGUAUUGGGAAAUCAAACAGAAAUUCUGGGACACCAUUGUGUUCUUCAAGAAGGGCAAGUUCUACGAACUCUAUGAGAACGACGCAACAGUUGGCCAUCAGCUCUUUGAUCUGAAACUGACCGAUAGAGUCAAUAUGCGCAUGGUUGGUGUCCCAGAAAUGUCGCUUGAUCACUGGGCCAGCCAAUUCGUGGCUAAGGGAUAUAAAAUUGCACGCGUUGACCAAGCCGAGUCUGCUCUUGGAAAAGAAAUGAGAGAGAGAGACAUAAAGAAACCAGCAGGGAAGGCUAAAGAAGACAAAGUGAUUCGAAGAGAAUUGGCGUGUGUUCUCACUGCGGGAACCUUGGUGGACGGUGGCAUGCUCCAAGAUGACAUGUCUACUUUCUGCGUGUCUAUCAAGGAAUCCACCGUCGACGAUGUUCCCGCUUUUGGAAUAUCUUUCGUUGAUACGGCUACGGGGCAAUUCUUUUUGACCGAAUUCAUUGACGACAUCGAAAUGACAAAGUUCGAGACCUUCGUUGCACAGAUUAGGCCACAGGAGAUUAUACUGGAGAAGUCAUCGGUUUCAGUGAAGGUUUUGAGAAUACUGAAGAACAAUACCGGUCCCACCACGAUCUGGAACUAUCUAAAACCUAUCACAGAAUUCUGGACAGGAGAGACCGCUUAUCGCGAGAUCAACGCAGCUCGUUACUUUGUCUCCGAAGAUCGUGACGAUGAAGAAGUGUGGCCCCAAGCUCUAAAAGAGGCGAAGGGCAAAGAGCUUCUAAUGUCAGCUUAUGGUGCACUGAUACAGUAUCUCAGAACACUGAAAAUUGAACGAGAACUGGUUACUUUGGGCAAUAUUAGCUGGUACGAUCCUAUUCGAAAGGCCACCAGUCUUGUCCUUGAUGGGCAAACUUUGAUAAAUCUCGAAAUCUUCGCGAACUCCUUCGAUGGCGGACAAGAAGGCACACUUUUCACCAUGCUUAAUCGCUGCAUUACACCUUUUGGAAAGCGAAUGUUCCGCCAGUGGGUCUGCCACCCGCUAGCGGAUGCCAAGAGGAUUAACGCUCGUCUUGAUGCUGUCGACGCUCUGAAUGCCGACACCACUAUCCGUGAUCGUUUUACGUCACAGCUUACAAAGCUCCCGGACCUUGAAAGGCUGAUAUCCAGGAUUCAUGCCGGAAGAUGCAAGGCACAAGACUUCGUAAGAACACUUGAAGGAUUCGAACAGAUUGAAUACACUUGCAGUUUGUUUGAUACGGUGGGGACUGGGGAGGGUGUGAUUGGGCAGCUCCUUGCCGCCAUGCCAGAUCUUGCUGGCGCUUUGAACCAUUGGAAAACUGCCUUUAAUCGGAUCAAAGCCAAGGAAGAGGGUCUUUUUGUGCCCGAAAGAGGGGUAGAGGAGGACUUUGAUACAAGUCACGACCGGAUUGAACAGAUCCAAGGCAUGCUGGAGAGCUUGCUCAAACAGGCACGCCGAGACUUCAAAUCAAAUGCAAUCGUCUUCCGAGACAUUGGUAAAGAAAUAUACCAGCUGGAGGUUCCGGCAAGCAUCAAAGGCAUUCCUAGGAACUGGGAUCAGAUGUCUGCCACGUCCAAGGUCAAGCGCUAUUACAGCGCAGAACUUCGCAGCCUUGUUCGUCAGCUUCAAGAGGCGCAAGAAACUCAUUCUCAAAUCGGAAAGGAGGUAGCUGGACGCUUCUUUGAACGAUUCGAUGAAGAUUACGCUGUUUGGCUGGGGGCGGUAAAGAUCAUUGCUCAGCUGGACUGUUUAAUCAGUCUGGCGAAAGCGUCCUAUGCACUUGGUGAGCCCUCUUGUCGGCCGGAAUUCGUCGACGAGGACAGAAGUGUCCUUGAGUUCACGGAAUUAAGACAUCCCUGCAUGUUGCCCAAUGUGACCGACUUUAUUCCCAAUGACGUUCGACUGGGUGGAGAGACAGCUAAUAUAAACCUCCUUACUGGUGCGAAUGCCGCCGGAAAGUCGACAAUUUUGAGAAUGACCUGCAUCGCCGUGAUUAUGGCGCAGAUCGGCUGUUAUGUCCCUUGCAUUUCAGCUCGAUUGACUCCCGUAGAUCGGAUCAUGUCUCGGCUUGGAGCCAAUGACAACAUUUUCGCAGCGCAAAGCACUUUCUUCGUCGAGCUAUCUGAGACGAAGAAGAUUCUAUCUGAAGCCACUCCAAGAUCCCUGGUCAUCUUGGACGAGCUUGGAAGAGGUACAAGCUCUUAUGAUGGCGUUGCUGUGGCUCAGGCAGUGCUGCAUCAUAUUGCUACCCAUAUUGGAUGUACUGGCUUCUUCGCGACUCAUUACCAUUCGCUUGCCACUGAGUUUGCUGGUCACCCAGAAAUUGCGCCGAAGAGAAUGCAGAUCCACGUUGACGACGAAAACAGACGGGUCACGUUCCUUUAUAAAUUGGAAGACGGUGUGGCUGAGGGCUCGUUUGGUAUGCAUUGUGCUGCAAUGUGUGGCAUUUCAAAUAGAGUCAUUGAUACCGCAGAGAAGGCAGCCAAAGAAUGGGAGCACACUAGUAGACUCAAGGAGAGCUUGGAAAAGGCUCGCAGCGGCUGCUAUGUCCCUCUUGGUGUCCAAAGUGACAUUGCUUGGAUGCUCCGAGAGAAGAGCGAAGAAGUGGAUGAAAGAUCAUUGGAUGUUCUCUUGAAAGCUAUUGCGACGCUCUAGACUUUGCUUUUCUUUUGCCCGGAUAUCCUUGCUUGCAUCUGGACUAGACACUUUGCAUUUCAUACGAUAGCUUUGGGGCCUAUGUGUUGGCUUAUGGAAUUGGGCGUUUUAAAAUGAGCUUUGAUUUCACUUAAGUUUCCUUUCAGGAUUUUCAUUUGCUUAUUUGGCUGUUCAAUCGGGGCAUCAUACGAAAGCUUUAAAGCAUUAUUUUUAAUAGAUUCGCGUAUUGAAACUUAAUAGUAUUCGCUUUUCCCCGAAAACACUGGCUACAAUCCUGUUGUACCGCCGCGAUACCUGC